UUCCAGGAUAGUGACGUAAAAAUCAGCGUUUGCAUUUUCUUGCGCGCUAAAAAAACUGCUUCCAACGUGUUGUAAGUUCAUUGUUGGCGGAGAGCGACACGAUGGACACGUCUCAGCUGUGUAAGCUGUUCAUCGGAGGCCUCAAUGUACAGACCACAGAGGCCGGCCUCCGGAGUCACUUCGAGGCGUACGGAUCCCUCACUGACUGUGUGGUGGUAGUGAACCCGCUGACCAAGCGCUCCCGCUGCUUUGGGUUCGUCACUUACGCCGAUGCGGAGCAGGCCGACGCCGCGGUGGCCGCCUCCCCCCAUGUGCUGGACGGCAAUAACGUGGAGCUGAAGAGAGCCGUGUCCCGCGAGGACUCCUCCAGGCCCGGGGCCCAUGCCAAAGUCAACAAGCUGUUUGUGGGGGGGCUGAAGGCGGAUAUAGAGGAGGCGCACCUCAUGGAGCACUUCUCCCAGUUCGGCACGGUGGAUAAGGUGGAGAUUAUCGCCGACAAGGAGUCCGGCAAGAAGCGCGGCUUCGGCUUCAUACAUUUCGCCGACCACGACGCUGCAGACAAGGCGGCCGUGGUGAAGUUCCAUCCCAUCAAUGGGCACCGUGUGGAGGUGAAGAAGGCCGUGCCGCGGGAAGAGAUCCAACAAGCCUCUUCUGCCAAGUCUUUCCGUGGCGGCGGUCGCGGGAGAGGAGGAUCAGCGAAUGGCUUCUCCGCAGGCAGAGAAGGUUACGGAGGCUACGAAGGCUAUGGCGGGGGUGGCCCAGGCUACAGUUCAUACGGCGGCUACGGCAACGGUUCGAACGGCUUCGGGAACUAUUCUCAGCAUAUGUCCGCCUAUGGACCGGUGAAGGGCUCGGGAGCAGGCGGCGGUGGUACCUGGGGCCGUAAUAGCAACUCGGGCCCUUAUGGAGCUGGGGGGUACGGUGGAGGCGGCCCAUACGGCUCCUAUUAGAGGGACUACUUCUAAAGAGGGACUACUACAUGGACUCAUCCAGACACAACCCUGAGCCAUGGACGCUUCCUAACGCCAUCUGUCCUUUUUUUUCCGUAUCUGGAUGUUUUCUCUUGUCUGGGUCAUUAUUUUGCCAGGCU